UGCAACUGAAGCUUACUGUUUCGUUGGAGAUGGUGCUGCAUGCUACUACUACGAGAAUGAAGGGUAUUUAUACUACAUGGACUUUGCAAGAUCUGGCUUUGUGCGUAAUAGCUGUAGUAUUCUGUUCCACACAGGGUUCAGUAAUGACAAGCAAUCAAGAUGUGGAAUUGGGUGGCAAUGUCACUUUGAGAUGCACUUUAUUACAACAUUCUAAUAUUUACCAAGUUACAUGGGCAAAAAAAAAGAAUGGAAAUGAUGAAAACAUUGCAACAUACAAGAAAGAUACAGGUUCAACUGUUUUAAAAUACAAAGAUCGAAUCAAUUUUAUAGUUUGGAGCCUUCAAGAUACUGCAAUUAAUUUGUCGAAUGUGAGCACUGAAGAUAAUGGCUGCUACCAGUGUGCAUUUCUUUUGUUUCCUAUAGGGCCUGUCAUGGGACAACCUUGUCUUUCUGUUUAUGACAAUCUCAAAACAUCUACAGACCACAACAUCUCUGAUAAUCACUUGCGUGCCAACUGUUUAGCAACUGGUUUUCCAAGACCAAACAUUUCAUGGUUUCCACCAGAAGGUGAAAAGAAAGAAAAGGAUAUCACAAACCCAAAUGGCACAUUAUCUGUCAUAAGCAACAUUUUUGUAAGCAUGUCAAAGGUUAAACAAGGGCUGACUUGCCAUGUUACUCACAGAGGAAAAACGAUAAGCAUUGAGGUGCUAGGAAAAGAAAUAGACCGUACAAAAAAAUCUUUUCCUGUGAUACCAAUUGUAUUGGCUUUGAUUCUUGUGAUCCUGGUUAUUGUUGUGGGUAUAUGCGGCUGGCGACGACAAAGGAAAAAACAUAGAGGAUUCUAAGAUAUUCAACCAGCACCAGUUUUUUCUAUGGAAUUGAAAAACAAUCAACGAUGCAUAUUAUGAAGUCAGCAACAGUUUAAAUGAAUAUGUGGUCCAAGUUCUGCUUUUCUACUUGCCUUGAAAAGAUGCUUACAUUUCUCUAUUGACAUAGUUGAGCCUUUCACGCUGCAGUGAAAUGGAUUGGCUGUUAUAGCUACCAAAUCACCCAGUUAAAAGGAAGAUUUCAAUAGUGACCAAUUUUUUUUUUUAGUUUUCAGUGGUAUAUUGUGAUCACUCCUAUUUCCUAGAGGUGUGGAUGAAGGGCUAGAUCAUCAACUCUGGACCAAUGAUCAGAUUCAUCCUUGGCAGCCACAGGAAAGUUCACUUCCUCUCUGCCCUUUUCCCCCUGUCCAGUGCAAAACCAAAUAUAAAUUUACUACAGUUUAAUGGAGAACUGCACAAUUUUUAAUAAAAACGUGUUCUAUAUUUCUAUCAUGGCAGUUCUAUUAUGGGUAGUAAAGCUUUUAAUUUUUUGUCACAAUGGAUGUUCCCAACCUAUAUUGGAAGCCCAUCAAUAAUAUUCCUUGGAAGAAAAGAAUCCUUUGAAAUACAACCCAAACUAAGUUCAGAAAAGGAGCAAAGGUUUAAUUUCCUCUGUCCAGAUGCAGUUCUCGUUUAUUCCUGAGUAAGGAAAACAAUACAUUUAACCUAACGCACAGUUUAAUAAUAUGUGUAACUAUAGAACCUCUGCACUUAAUUUUAUUUGAAGUUUUUUGUAAAAAAUUCUGCAUAUGUGCAUUAUUUAUAAACAAAUGCCCUACUGGUAUUUCUCACAUUAUUUUUCUAAAGUAUUUGUAGAAUACUUCUUUAUACAUACAGUAUAUCCAUAUAAUAUUUGUAUAAAAUAUCAUGCAGUAUACGUACCUGUUAGUAACAUGGAUGUGCAUAGUUCUGUGCUAAAUAUACAAUAACCAAUCAUGCUGCUACUAUAAUAGGCAGGAGACAACUGAAUAGAGAAGUUCUCAUCCAUCAGACAUAUUCCCCGUUGUAAGUAAAUAUUCCCCCUUUUAAGUAGAGAAUUCCAGAUAUAUUCUGAGGUUGACUUUCAGUGUUCUGUGUAAUAUAACUUAUAGGGCUGUUCUGAAAUGAGGAAAGAAACAUACUUCACAGUAUAAAAAACAGUUCUCAUUUAGUGAUCACAACUUAGACCAGCAACUUGUUCACUGCCUUGAGCUAUCUACAAAGGUGGGAUAAAAACAAAAUAACUAAGUAAAUAGGUGUGAAUGGUCACUAAAUGAGACAUUUGCUAAUGAGGAUUACCUAAAUAUUUGCUUAUAUAAUUCAAAGUGCUGACUUUCGUUUAUUUAAUAAAAAAUCAUUUGUAUGCAGUUCCAAAAAUUCCUGGAUGAACUUGAGAGAGUGCUUUCUCGAUUAUUAUGUUUACAAUAUUAGGCUAUGUCAUGACUUAUUAAAUAUUGGUUUGUUGAAUAACCUAUAAUUGAUAGGUUGACCUAGUGCACUUAGCCAGGCAAACUCAUUAUGGCUUUUCAUUAGCUUUGGACAUCGACUUACUGACUUUUCCUUACCAUAGAAGUCUAUGCCCUCCAAAAAAUAAAAAGCCAAACCCACAGAAACCAAAAAUCUAAUAGUCUUGUUUCUGAAAACUUGCAGGCAAUGAUAUUUGGCUUAGAUAGCGCUUUGCUGUAAGUUGAUGUCGUAAAUAUAGUGCAUCUAGGUUCAUCUGCUUGCUUUGAAUGUGUUUUUACCAUUUAAAAUCAUGUUUAGCUUCAUAUAUUAUUGUUACUAUGUUGUAUUUUAUUUUAUGUAGCUCUAUAUGUUACUGCUGCUAAUAGUACUGAGUUUAUUAUCCAAAAUAUCAGUUCCUCUUGCAUGUAAUAGAAGCAAUUGCACAAAAACACUCUCACUUUCUUUUCAAAAAUGUCAUGCUCUAUUAAAUUUCAGUUUACUGAAAGUGUUUUAAA